GCAAACAUUGUUUGUUUCGCGUCGUGUCAGACGUCUGUUCGAGCGGUGAUUGUACCGCUGUCGUGUAAACUUGUGUUUGUGUUAUAAAAAUGCCAUUUAUUUCAAAAGACUGGCGAUCGCCUGGCGAGGAAUGGGUGAAAACGCAAGAAGGUUGGGAAAAGAAGAAAGUGUUAGAGUGUACAGCACAAAGAUAUCCUGCAUUAACUAACUUUAAUAGCUCGGGUGAUAAUCAACAGAAAUCUUGGUCACAAGAAGGCCAAGUUGGUGAGAAGACAAACGAUUCUGGAAACAGAAUACCACCGCACUGUCACAUAACAAUCAAAUGUACGAGAGAGAUCGCAGGUUUCAAUGGCCUAUCUGAAGCAGUUCGACGCCUGGACUUUUCUUCGGCCGUUCGUGAUGUGCGACGGUUCAACUAUAUAUGUGCACUGCUGGAAUUGUUACUCGGCGGGCAGAAGCUGACACACCUGCCCGGUGCAGCGCAGAAAUUAUUGCUGUCUAUGUUGGAGCAAUUGGCAGACCAAGUGGCGACAUCGCAGCAAAACCUGAACGCGCUGCGAGCGCUAAUAGUAGCUUUGUCAUCGCUUAGGGAGGCGGAGAAGCGCGCGUGCUGGGGCCGACCGUUGGGCUCGCGGGCAUUAUGGGGCCACCAUGACGACGCCAUCGCUAGAAUUAACCGGAUAGCUUCCAGCAUUCGUAUUCAGGAGCCUGGUCCAGAAGUAGUGCCUAAACUCCACGAUUUGCCUGAAGAGUGUAUAAGAGAGAUUUUACUUAGGAUAUCGGAUCACAGGGAUUUAGAUGCGGCGUCGGGCGCGUGGAGCGUGAUGGCGGGCGUGUGCUCGGAGCAGCGCGUGUGGCGCGAGCUGGUGGCGCACCACUACUCGCCGCUGCAGCUGCAGCACGUGCUCAAGGAUGCAGCCGAGCCCACCGACUGGCGAGACACCUUCCACCGGCUCAGGAAACUAUAUGGACUGCGGGAAGACACUCAAUAUGCAGAGACGCUGUCCCUGUGCCGCCACUGCAAAUGCUUGUUCUGGCGAUCUCUGGGACACCCGUGCAUAGCUGAUCAGUGUCCAGAAUAUCGCGAGCGCUUGCGCGAGGCGGGCGGUCCCCUGGCCCCGCACCCCGUGCCCCCCGCCGCCUUCCUCAAGUUCUUCUCGCUGUGAACAACGAGGCCUAAACUAAACUCCGUCUCAACGGUUCUAGCGUACGAUGCGUUUGUUAUGUACACUGUUAAAAAGUAUUAAACUUAUCGGAUCAGUGCAGACAUUAUCAAUAAACAGCUUUAUAAUUUUUAUUUUAAUAAAAGAUUAAGAUACUUUAAAUUCAACAGUCUCAGGCGUCUCUCAGAUGGGAUUUGUGACCAUAUAUUUUUGCCAAUCAAGAUUCUUAAUUGUUCCAGUUGACUGACAAUUUACUAUUAUAAAAACAAUAUUAAUAUUAUAAAUGAAAAUUAAAUGCUGUGUGUUGGUAAACGCUUCACUGGGAAUGACUAGGUACGGCUAGACCGAUUUGGCAUUUUAUUCUUUAAUAUUCAUAAUGAGAAUGAGGUUUUUUAAAAAUUAUUUAGGGCAAGGGGAAUUGCAAUUUUGCCCGAUAAAUUUAAAUGUUGAGAAAAACUAAAAGUAUAUCUAUAGGAUUUAUUUUAGGAUAGAACAUGAUUUAAAACAUAUUUCUCGUCUUAUAACUGAAUAUACAUAUACUUCAAUGUUGAAACAAUAAAUUUCAACUUCAUCGAGUAUAUUGCAUUUUUGUUUUAAUAAAUAUAAAUAAUAAAAGGCAACUAAAUUACUAAGCUAAGAACAAACGAUGGGUAGCUGUUGCUUGCGAUCUCAGGCGUAAAGGCCUAAAAUGUUAACAGACAUCAUAAAAUAUCGAUUUAUCAUAUAAUGUGUUCUAUUUUUUACUACAUAAGAUUGCUUGUAGAGUAUUAUCUGAGUGAGAAUACACCCUCAUUUGUGAUAAAGUGAAAGGGGGAAUAUGGUUGGAUUUUUAUUGGUACUUAAUGAAAAGAAGAUAUCAAAUGGAUCACAAGUAUGUAUAAGGUUCUGGCACACCGGGAUUUUUUAGCUAGUUUCUCCAUUUGAGGUGUAAAAUGUAACAUGUUGAUUCUAUCAAGUUAUAAGUACAGAGUGGUGUGUUCAUUUCAAAUGUGUUUAAUACUGUUACAUUAUAAUUACAUAAUUACCAUGAUAAUUUAUUGAUUUCUUUCAAUCAAUGCUAGCACUAAGUUUUGCGGUGUGCUAAAACUUUUAGAAAUAUUGAGAGCGUGUGUAGUGUGUAUUAACAUAAUAAUACUAAAUAAAAAUAAUUUAUGCCAGUGAAAUUAUUGGAAUCUAUUUGUGACCAAAUAAUAAUGAUCUAUCAGCCAGUUGCACAAACGUCCAUUAAAAUUAGUUUAAAUCGAUAUUACCAAUAAAAAAUUGACAUUCGUUAGAGCUUAAUAAAGGCGUCAUGAAACCUUAACAACCGUUUGUGUAACUGACUGUAUGCAACUUUUAUUAACAAAGUGUUAAGUUUGUUUUUGGUAUGACCUAACUUGGUUUAAUUUUGUUUUUUAUUUACGCUUGUUUGCACAUUUACUAAUCAUAAAAUAAAUUAUUAAGUAAUGCUUUAAAAAGCUAUGUGAUAAUUCCAAAAUUAUAUACGAGUAUGUGUUUGUUAUGUUCGUUUUUUGCGUGUUGUGUUUUAUAUUGUCUAUGAUUGGUAUCUAAAUAAAAAGAUUUUGAUUUAAUUUUCCAUAGAUUUUUUGAAUUUUAAUAUCAUACUUGGUAAAAUAAUAAUAAAUUUAAUUAACCUAAACUAAGUAUGGCCUUAACUAUGUAAAUAAUAAAAAAAUGAUAAUAUUGUGUUUUCAAAUUACCGCACACAAUUUUUUGUUAUUCUUUAAUAAGGAAAAUACAGUUUAGGUAACUUCUCUAUUUUGUAUACAAAACCUUUUUAAAAAAUCUAAUGGAGUGAGAACUAUUUGUAGGAAAUAUUGAGAAUUGAAUGGAAGCGAUAAUCGCCAUAAAGUCGCAUUAAAAUUUUCCUAGCUAUAUACAUUAUAUGAGUACAUACACGUCAAGUUACAAAACUUAACGUUCAUAAUUUCAAGCGGAAUAUUUUAUUGUCAUAUAUAGAUAAGUUAUUCAGUUUAAUCUGCAUUUAAUGUCGUUAAAUGAUACAAUACUGUCUAAUAACUGUAGUAAAAACUGUCUAGUAACUAGAUUAUACAAUCUGUUAUGAAUUCAAAAUUAGUGAUCACUUUAAUUGGGAAAACUACUCAAGACGGAAUGACUUUUGAUGUUUAUCGUACGAGUACCAAUCUAGAGAAGAAAUAGCAAACAUUUUUUUAGACCAAUGUAAGACAAGAGGGCGCUAGUCGAGUGUUAGAAAUAAUACUCAAGUGUUUCAUUACAAUUAUGCGGACAGUUGUUAUAUCAUUUCCGUAUCAAUUAAAAACAAACAAGUAAUAUUAUUCAUGCGAAAAUAAUACGGUAUAUACAUGUAUUACUUAUAAUAAGUAGUGGUUUUCACUAUAUAAUCUAACAGCUCUUGAUGUUUCAUGGAGUACAUAUUACAAUGUGUCUACUACUUAAUAGCUGCAACAACAUAACUAAUUUUUACUCAAAUAAUGUCUACUGCAAAGUAAGUACAUGCUUUAGUGUUCACAAAGUUCGUGCAGUUGCCCUUUAAAUUGUUAAAAUAUUUAUUUAGGCAGCUGAUGGUCUAAUGUAGUUUACGUAAUGGAAAAAUUAAAUGCAAAAAAAAAAACAAUUUAAACUAUACAAUGUGUGUAAGUACUUUUGGAGCUUAAAAGUAUUAUAGUCUACUACAGUAUUUUACGUCCCUAUGAUUAACGAUUUUGCUUGUAUUUAAGGUGAAAUAAUAUAUGACUAAUCAGUCACUAUACAUAAUUUUCAACUUUGUAGUUUUAGGUACAAAAUUUUUGCGUUUUAUUUUUCUAAAUACAGAUUACUGUUCUGUAGGCAGCUAAAGAUGCCUAUUCUCUACAGUUAAUUCCUAAAAUGUUAUCGGCCAUUACAUCAAUAAAGGUUGCUAUAUUGUGUUUUUAGCAUUUGAAAAUUGCAUUGUCAUAAACAUAUUCAAUGUACCGUGUAGAAUAGAUGUUGAUAUUGUGAUAUUUUAAGAUAAAUUUAUUGUAGUUUUUAACUGUAAGAGUUUGGUAGUUCCAUUGAUGUUAGAUUUUUCUUUUCCUAUUAGAUAAAGUGCAGCUUACCUACUCACAUAAUAGAAGUCAUUUUUCUGUAAUCUGUGAUGUGUUUUUGUGCAAAGGAAUUGUUUUCUUCUUGUGUUCUUAUGUAUGUUAUACUGUAUAAUAGUAUUUUCUGAAUAAAGUUAUUUUG